AUGCUACUAUUUCCUGAAAGCCGCUAUCCUAUUGAAAACAGGAAAAAGUCAUAGACAUAUUAUUAAGAGUCUAAAAUAAAAGAAUUGUUAUCAAAUUCAGUAGGAGAGGCUAUCAAAUACAAACCAUCUAAACCAAAUAACUCUAAACAGGAUUAUGAGGAAAAUUAAUAUUUGGCCAAUAAGAAUAAGCAAAGCUAUUUGUAGAGCAAUAUUUUCCAUGAUACAAAAAUUUAAAUUAGAAAUGAUAAAUAAGCACUCCAAUAUUAAAACAAUAAGAAAAAGUAAUCAGCAAUCCUCUCAUCCAGAGUUACAACUGAACCUCAAUAUUAGCAGCCCUCAUAUGUAAGAGGUACUUUAAAUGCAGAAUUCAGAAAAGACGAUUUAAAAGUUGAAAAUAAACAAUCCUAGUAGAGUGUAUUAUUUAAUACUCUUGGCAAAUAUUAUGAAGAGCACAAACAUCCUGGAAAAACUAAUUUUAUGGCUUCUGAUCUGAGCUUUCUUAAACAUGACUCUUUGAGGGACAAGAAAUUAGAACAUCAAGAAAGAUAGUUGGAGGCAGAAUAUCAGAAAUAAAAGAGUUAUUUAUCGUAAUAUAAUUCUACUUAGAGUUAAUCAAGAAGGUAAUCAAAAUAGGAAUAAGAAAUCAAUGUUAAAUUGAAUCAAAUAGAAAUACCUAAAAAAGAGAUUACAGGUUAUGACAUUGUUAUAGAAUCAAAAGGAAAAGGCUUUCUACCAAAUUAAUUUAGAAGCAUUGUUAAGCACAAUGGAUUUCAAAUUAAAUAAUAGGAGAAUGAUCAUUAUGUAAUCUAACCAUUAGGAGGGACUAAUAACAUAUAAUCAAUCGUUAAAUAUUUAAAGAAUUAUGAUAACAAAGCUAAAAUAGAGAAGGUACCAUAUUAAUGA